AUGGAGUCCAUGUUUGAGGAUGACAUCAGCAUCCUGACCCAGGAGGCCCUGGGGCCCAGUGAGGUGUGGCUGGAUGCCCCUGGAGACCCCUCGCUGGGGGAGGACAUGUGCUCUGCCUCCCACUUUGCCCUGAUCACGGCCUAUGGAGACAUCAAGGAGAGGCUGGGGGGCCUGGAGAGGGAGAAUGCCACCCUCCGCCGCCGCCUCAAAGUCUACGAGAUUAAGUACCCACUGAUCAGUGACUUUGGGGAGGAGCAUGGUUUCUCUCUAUAUGAAAUCAAGGAUGGUUCCCUGCUGGAGGUGGAGAAAGUCAGCUUGCAGCAACGGCUCAACCAGUUCCAGCAUGAGUUGCAGAAAAACAAGGAGCAGGAAGAACAGCUUGGGGAGAUGAUCCAGGCUUAUGAGAAGCUCUGCGUGGAGAAGAGUGACCUGGAGACGGAACUGGGAGAGAUGCGGGCCCUGGUGGAGACCCACCUGCGGCAGAUCUGUGGUUUGGAGCAGCAGCUGCGGCAGCAGCAAGGCCUCCGGGAUGUAGACUUCCCUAGCCUGAGCCCCCCACCUGCCCCUGCCCCGCCCUGUGCUGAUCUGGACCUUCACUACUUGGCUCUGAGAGGGGGAUCCGGCUUGAGUCACGCAGGCUGGCCAGGCGCCACGCCGAGUAUGAGUGAACUGGAGCGGCGGCGGCUGGAAGAGGCCCUGGAGGCUGCCCAGGGAGAGGCCCGAGGGGCUCAGCUUCGGGAGGAGCAGCUCCAGGCUGAGUGUGAGCGGCUGCAGGGGGAGCUGAAGCAGCUGCAGGAGACCCGGGCCCAGGAUCUAGCCUCCAACCAGUCGGAGCGGGACAUGGCGUGGGUGAAAAGAGUUGGGGAUGAUCAGGUGAACUUGGCGCUGGCUUACACGGAGCUGACAGAGGAGCUUGGCCGGCUUCGGGAGCUGAGUUCCCUGCAGGGGAGGAUCCUGAGGACGCUGCUGCAGGAGCAGGCCAGGAGUGGCGGCCAGAGGCACUCGCCGCUGUCUCAGCGCCACUCCCCGGCCCCCCAGUGCCCCUCGCACUCCCCGCCGGCCCGCGCGGCGCCCCCCUGCCCCCCAUGCCAGUCCCCUGUCCCCCAGCGCCGCUCCCCUGGACCCCCCUGCCCCUCGCCCCAGCAGCGCCGCUCUCCAGCCUCGCCCUCCUGUCCGUCGCCCGUCCCGCAGCGCCGCUCGCCGGUGCCGCCGCCGUGUCAGUCCCCCAGCCCGCAGCGCCGCUCCCCAGGGCCCCCCACCUGCCCGGCCCCGCAGCCCCGGCCUCCGCCGCCCCCGCCGCCCGGGGAGAGGACGCUGGCCGAGCGAGGCUACGCCAAGCCGCCCAGCCACCACGUGAAGGCCGGCUUCCAGGGCCGGCGCAGCUACUCAGAGAUGGCAGAGGGCGCGGGCUACGCGGGCGCCUCCCCGCCCUGGCUGCAGGCCGAGGCGGCCACGCUGCCCAAGCCGCGGGCCUACGGCGGCGAGCUCUACGGCCCCGGCCGGCCCCUCAGUCCGCGGCGCGCCUUCGAGGGCAUCCGCCUGCGCUUCGAGAAGCAGCCGUCGGAGGAGGAGGAGUGGGCCGUGCCCGCCAGUCCGCCCAGUCCGGAGGCCGGCGCCAUCCGCUGCGCCUCGUUCUGCGCGGGCUUCCCGGUCCCCGAGUCGCCCGCCGCCACCGCCUACGCCCACGCCGAGCACGCGCAGUCCUGGCCGUCCAUUAACCUGCUGAUGGAGACAGUGGGCUCUGAUAUCCGCAGUUGCCCCCUCUGCCAGCUGGGUUUCCCAAUCGGGUACCCAGAUGAUGCCCUCAUCAAACACAUUGACUCCCACCUGGAGAACAGCAAGAUCUAG